UCGUUGUUUUGAACUUUACUCAUCUUCCUGGUUCAACAAAUCUCACUGGUCCACUGCUUGUCGUUGAACUCUUCUUUCUACCAUUUUUAUUCUUUUAUACUAUAUUCCACUGUUUGUCGUUUGGUUCUUUGGCCUUUUGCUUUUAAUUAGUACAACCACAUUUUAUAUUUUAUAUUUUAUAUUUUAAUUUAUCAUGCCCGGUUUUUCAAAGAUCUUUGGUAGAGGCAGAUCAAAAUCAAAGUCAAAACUAGACUUGAUAGCUGCGUCUAAUGAAAAAAAUGAUAAAUCUGAUAAAAACACUGCUCAAAAACAAAAAAAUCCACAGAUUCCCACCACUUCUCAACAAAAUAUCUCCGAUAAUCAAAUCCCAAAUCAAAAUGCAAAUCCAAUCUCAAACCACUCAGCUUCGCCCUCUUUAAACUCUACAAACGUACUAAACGAUCCCAUCAACAACCCUUCGCCUCAACUUCAAUUCCAACCUGGUUCUGCUUCUCUUCCUGAUUCUCCUACCCAGUCUUCACCACAACCUGCCCAACAACAAAAACUUCACCCCCAACAAUCAAUUCCCACUUCCUUCAUGAGAGCCAGAUCUACCUCAAGAGCCUCCUACUCAAAUAGUCCCGACGAAUAUCUCAACAAUAAUUCCUCUCAAACAAACCUAAAUAACAACUCGUCCACCAAAUUAUCCCAUUCAAAACAUCGCUCGAUUACAAGCCAAAAAAGUCUCUCAAAUAACCAAAAUAACCAAAAUACUCAAAAUCCACAAACUCCCUCAAGAAGACGAUUAUCCUCUCCUUGGGACUUACCUGACUCAACUCCUGAAGAAUUGAUCCCAAUUCUAACUCUAAUCAAUUCCCAACAAGCAAGAGUUUACAUUGAAGGUUUUUUUUCUCUACUCAUUAAAAAUUCAAAUUUCAUUUCUUCAGUAGCAAAUACACCUCAAAAUAAUAACAGCAUCACCAACACUAAUAAUAACAACAACAGUAACAACAGUAACAACAGUAACAACAACAACGAGUUCAUAAAUGGCUACGGCUCCUUAUCUGGUAACGAAUUGUCAAUCUGGAAAUCUGACGAAAUUGACUUUAAACCCAUCUACAUCAACGUAGCAGACGCAAAUUUUAUAAAUGACUUCAACAACCUAACCAUAACCAUCUUCAGUCCCUCUUUAAAUAACUACAUUCUAAAAUUCACUUCCCUAGAUCUUCUAAAAAAAUGGUUCUCAGCUUUGAUCUUGUCCAACUUUGAAUACAACUGCCUUCAUGAAGCCUACACUGGCGCUCUAUUAUCUGCAAAGGCAAUCCUUCUCUCCGACGUCAAAACUCUACUAUCAGAAACAAGAUACUCCAUAGCUGAAUGGGCAAACAUAAGGUUGAACUUCAUAACUUCAAAAUGGUUCAAAGUCUAUAUUGUUGUCGCUCCUUCAAAUAACAGCGACAGCAAAUCCGGCUCUCUAUCAAUCUAUUCCUCGAAUAAAACAAUAAAGAAAAAUCUACUAAUCUCAAUUAAAAAGGCAAACUCUUGUUUUGCUGUCUACCCACAGGGCCCUGAAGUUAUUGAUCAUAGCUCUUUAAUGAAACUCGACGGCGAAAUCACCAUCCAUAACUGGAAAUUCUUCAACAACCCUUCAAAUUCAAUUUCCUCAUCCUCCUCAAAUUUAAACUUGGCCUCAAUUUCAAAUCAAAACUUAUCCUCUCCCUCAAAUAACACCAAUAUAAGAUCAAGAUCCUCCUCCUUGAAUUCCUUUGUCAAAAGAAAAAACUCAAACUCCUCUUUAAACAGUCACCUAUCUGCUUCGAAUCGUAACGAAAGCUUUGAAAGUCUAAACAUAACCUCAACCUCCAACACAACAUCCCUCAACACCUCUCUAUAUAUCAUUCCUGAAAAUCAUCCUUCCGUCAAAAGUUUUGAAACAAUGAUCAGGUUCAUGAUUCCAGUAUUCGACGCCUUUAAUUUAUAUGGAAGACCCAAAAAAUUAGUGUCCGAUAAAUCAAAUCUAAAUUCCCUACUAUUUGCCUUGCCUGUCCUACCAAGAACAAAAUAUCUAAACUACAACGACUGUCUUAAAUUAAUUGACUUGAAAAUUGAUAAUAAACCGGCCUUAAGAGAUUUAAGCAACAGCAAUCCCAAUCAAAACCAAAACCAAUCAAAUAAAUCUCACCAAAGGAAAAACUCAAAAAAAAUCAAAUUUGGCUUAACCUCAAAACAAAAAUCAAAACAAGACCAAAUUGAUACAAAUUCAAUCCCAGUUGUGCCUGAAUAUACAAAUAAAACCCUACUCAAAGAUUGGUCAAACAGAGAUUGGAUUCGGUUUUUAAAAACUGAAAUCAAAUAUAAAUUAUUAAAUGGCUACCAAGGUGCUGGUGAUUUAAUACUCGAUUUAGAAACUGCUGUCAAUCUAGCUCAAGGCUCUGAUUAUUCCAUCAAUGGUUAUUCUGGUCAACCUGAUUCUUCAAAUUUAAGAAGAAAUCUAAGUAUUAGCAGAAACUCUGUCAGAAAUUCAAUUGUUGCCAAUCCUUUCAGCAAUAGAACUUCUUUCGUUAAUACCGAAAAUCAAAAUUCUGAUAAUAAAAGCACAAACAAUGUGGCUUUUAACUCAUCACCUCAACAAUUACCAUUAGAUUCUAAUUACACUGCUAAUAAUAAUGAAUCGAGUAAUGAUGAUUACAAAAUUGAUAAUGCUUUGAGCAAUAAUUCUUAUUCCAAUCAACCUUUCAAUAUACAAGAAUUUGCUGCCAGCAAUGUGCCUCAAAUUAAUAACUUUAUGAGCUCAAAUAUAAAUGAUUUGGGAGCCAAUCAACCACGCACAGUUAAUCCAGCUCAAACUUGAGUUUAUUCUAAAAAUAUACUUGAUCUAAAAUUAGUAUUUUUUUUGUAAAUUUUUUAUUUUCAACUUUCAAAUUUUAAUUUUAUCUUCUGAGCUGACUUUUCAAAGCUAAAUUUAAUUUUGCAUUUUUCAAUAGAUUAUCCACAAUUAAUUAUCCAAUUCCAUCAUUUUUAUUUUCCCUCUUGAUUUAUACUUUUAUUUCCCCUUUCCCUUUCCAGUACAAUAAUAUUUCUGUUUUAUUUAUUUCCUUAUUUUUCAAUUUUUCAAUUUUUCAAUUUUUUUAUCUAUUUUGGUUUUUAUAGAUGUCAUGUUU